CCCGACGGACCCGAGCUGCCGUGGAGCCAGCUUGUAUAUUGCGCGGUCCACCACUCAGCCACGAGUCCUUCCGUUCCGUCCCCAACCUCGCUCGCAGUCGCAGGCGAUCUCUCCACCACCGCCCUCCGCGCCGGCAGAGCACGCCCGCCUCGAUCCAGAUCCAGCCGAGAGAUGGACGCGAACAGGCGCCAGAGCGGAAUUCAGCAAUUGCUGGCUGCAGAGCAGGAGGCGCAGCAAAUCGUGAAUGCAGCCAGGGCUGCUAAAUCGGCAAGGCUUAGGCAAGCAAAAGAGGAGGCUGAGAGGGAAAUAGCUGAAUACCGUGCCCAGAUGGAGGCUGAAUUCCAGAGGAAGGUUGCAGAGAGCAGCGGUGACUCUGGUGCAAAUGUUAAACGUCUUGAGCAAGAGACAGCGGUGAAAAUCGAACAACUCAGUCAACAGGCUGCAAGCAUCUCGCCCGAAGUCAUCCAGAUGCUUCUGAGGCAUGUCACCACUGUGAAGAACUGAGCUCUGCUGUGCCCUAAAAAUCAUUGCAAGCUUGUAUCAUCUAUCUACCUAUUUGUUUCAGAGAGUGGUGAGGAAUAAUUUGACAGUUCCACCUGUAAUUCCUUGUUUUCAACCACGAAAUAAGCUGCUGCAGUUGAGCAGCAACUGUGUCUGGUACUAUCAGAACUUGGCCAUUGUUUGGUAUAUUAGUAAAUAUUGUUUUCCAGUUGGAUUUUUGGACAAACAAA